CAGAUGAAAUGUUUGUUCACAAAUCCUUUUGGGCUUUGCAAUGUAGAGCAGAUUUUUGGUACUGAAGCAUCAUUACCUUUCAUGAAUGCUGUGCGAUGGAUUUGAAUCCAAUCUGUCACCUCUCCUUUGCUGGUAUAUUGCUAGGUCUUAAUCGAUGUAGUAACUUGCUUUCUAAAAAACGUGCAUGUUUGUGAAAAACAGAACAAAGUGACCAAAGUGGAGAAGGUGUCAAUUCCUCAGGUUAUUUUUUUUUAAUCAAAUUUUUAAAUAAAAUUCUGCUGCCAUUUCUAUUAGUUGCGUGGUCCUGGGGACUAUGCUGGCACAUCUUCCCCAGGAGCUCUGUUAACCUGGCUGCUUUCCUGCUGCUGGCCUCCCAUGGCAAUGAGUUUCGCAGUUUAACAAUGCACUGCAUGAAUAAUACACGUGUCUGUACGCAGGGUAGGGUCGUUUGUGAAGGCAGGAGCACUGCAGGACAUGGGGACCCUAAGUGGUGACUUUGAGAAUGAGAAAAUGGCCCUACAUCAUUAACUUUAGAUAUAUUUUCCUGCACUGCCUCUCUCUGUUUUGUUCUGGUUGUGUGUGGGCCCGCUGUCUCGGGGCCCGAUGCAUGAGCAGAGCUGUGCCGUGCCACCUUGGGCAGCCGAGCUGUGUUUGUGAUGGCAGGGGAGACCUCACAGCUCAGCUGCACGGGCUCACUGGCACCCCUCAAACCACAGUGUCAUGUAGUCUGGAAGACAAGUGGAAAAAAUGGGCAUGGGAAGAUGAGGGCAAUGAAUCCAGAGGGCACUGAGCUUUAAGGUUUGUUUUUAAGUCUAUCUGCCUUUCAGUAUAUUCCAUCCCAGUAAUGCUCAGAAGACAGCAACCAUGGGCAAAGUCCAAAAAGCCUCUAGUCCUCACAUGGGCUGUAUUGUAGGAGUGAUUGCUCCUAGGCUGAGGAGAAAUCAGCUUAUGAGGAGAAAUCAGCUUAUGAGGAGAAAUCAGCCUAGGAGGAGCUGGUUUUUUUUUUUUUUUUUUUUUUUUUUUUUUUUUUUUUUUUUUUUUUGUCAUGCAGCUGAGAGAAAGAGGGAAAAAAAAAUCUACUGGAUUUCUUCAGCUCAUCAGCUGUCACCAGCCUAGAACAGGGCACUUGGAAACAAAAUGAGCCAGAAGUGUUUUUAAUGGGUGACACACAGAGAUGUAAGGAGAGCCCUGUUUGUAAACCCAGCUAUGCUUUGUUCAGAGGACAGCUGCAGCCAUACCCCUCACCUGUCUAAUGCUGCAGCAAAGCAUCACUCAAGUGCCUGUGUUCUGAAAUACUGUUAGGUGUGACUUGCACACAUAUGAGGACAGAUCAUCAGUGCCCUUAAGGCUGAAGUCCUUCCACACCUAAAUGACUGCACUGCAAAGUGACCUUUCAAAUUAUAAACACAUGGUUGAGGGGUGGGAAGGGAAAAAUAAUAAUUAAAAACAAAACAAAACAAAACAAAAACACUAAGGUUAAGAGCAUGUUAGUUCUUAAAUGGUACCCUCAAAGGUCACCCAAUCUGUUACAAGAAAGUUUGCAUCAUCCCAUAUAGGUGUUCCUCCCAUUUCACACCACAACUAAACCCACACUGUCUAGUCCUGUUCAGAACAUUAUAUUUUAGCAACACACAAACAGAUCUAAUCUGUUAGUUUAGCAAUUUCCUGGGCUGGGAUUUGGUAGGAAACUUAUGAAAAAUGCCAAGAAAAUGUAAAGACAAAAUGAGGAGCUCCCCUCACCUUCACCCAGAGAAAAUGAGAGUUGGAUUUUUCUGGUUUUAUUUCAUGCACUGAAGUUCCCUGUAUGUUGGAGCAGGCAAACUGCUCCUGGUGAAGCUUGCCCAAGCCUUGUCCUGCAGCACCAUGCCGAGCGGUGGCAGGGCUAGCUGAAAGUGCUGCCCUGCUUGUGGUGGGCAGGAGGGGACCUGUCCUCCAGGGUGCCAUCCUUCACCAGGCAGAUGCUGGCUUUAGUCUGACAUGUAACCUGUGUGCCCUAAGAAAACAGAGCCAUAGGGAUGGGAAGUCUGCAGGGGGCCUUUUGGGGUGCUCUCAAAGGAUCAAGGCCCCUGAGAAAGAAGGUGUCAUCCCUGGAAUCUGGAAUUGUAGGAGCUGGGACUGAAGUCUUCUUGUGUGUGUGGCCCGACCGAGAGAGCCUUCAUGGGUAGCCGGCAUAGGGCAGAGCAGUCCAGCCACUGCAAAGUCAGUAUCAAAGAUCCUGCUCUCUGCUCUCCUCCUCAGCCCAAAGCUGUUCUCCCCAAGCUGCCAUGUGCCCCAGACAAGUCACUCACACAGGGGUGCAUCAUCCCCUGGCCCUGAACAGCACCAUGCCUCACUAGGGACAGUGUUUCUCCCCCCACCUGCCCCAAACUGCCUUCAGAACCCCACAGGGGGACUCGUGGAUAGGCCAGGCUCCCACCACGUGGGCUGCCCCAUCCCACAGGAGCUUUGGGGCCCACGCUGUGUGGUGAGACAUGUAGGUGGGUGGCAGCCCUGUGACUCGUGAGUCACCACCCCCCCCAUCCUGCCUCGCACGGCAGGGCCACAAAGGAGCCUGCACAACAGGGUGAGCACGGGCACCAUUGGCACGGGGCGGGCCAAGGCUGAAGGCUUCACUUUCCCCACAAACACAGGGAGCAGGAGAAACCAAAGCACUUGUGCCCAUCUGUCUGGGGAGGGGACCUCUGUGGGAGUGACAGGCGGUGGGCACAGCUGGAGCAAGCUGCUCUAUGCAGCCUGGUUUUGUUAGUCUAGCACCAGCUGAAGCAUCAGGACGUGGUUGUGGAUGCGUAUGUGGGGCAAGCUGGCUGUUUUCUGGGCCACCUCAGACUUUUUGGCAAAACAACUCGCUGUGCUGCCGAAUGCUGCCUGGGAGGCCCUGUGUCCUCGUCCUGGCAGUCCUGAGACACAGGUGUCCUCCUUACACAGGGAAGUGACAGGUAGGACAGGAAGGUGAGCUGAGCAGAGCUGAAGAGGAGCUCGAGGGGUGAUUUUGGCCCCGUCCACCACAGCAGUGCCCCUUGGUGCCCCCUGACAUGUCUCCAUGCGGGUGGGACCAUGCUAUGGGUGCAACACCCUGACCCCCCCCCCCCCCCCCCCCAAGUCAGGGGCAGCCUGGCUCCCUGGGGUGACAGCCGGGAUUCUGCAGAACCAGCACUGACGUGACUCAUCUCCACACCAUCUUCUCACUCUGCGGACACCAACACGCUUAUCUGCAAGUUUCCCUUGGAAGGGAAACACCUUGCUGUGAUGGUUUCCACUGCCUCGUUUCCAUCAUGACAUUGAAGCCCAUUGUUACCCUGAAGCAUCACCUCUCACAAAGCCACAGGGAGCUGUUACUUGUCCCCUUGCCCACCAGCCUGUGGCUUUUUUCCUCUCAGCAUUGCAGCGCUCACAGCCUUGUUUACCAGUGACACGUGUCAUCUCCUUUCUGCUUCCCCUCCGUCACCACAAAUACUCCACAGCGUCAAGAGGCUGCCGCAUGCAGACACUAAAAGUGCAGCACCUUUAUUUGUAACUGCUCCUGUCCCAGACACAAAGUACUGCACCAUACCCAGAUUUCUGGGGACAGCAGAAUGUAGAGGUGGAGCUGGCAUUUUCCACAGGAAAACUUACCUUGUUCCUUCCUUCUUCCCUGCCCAAAGGCAUUUUCUUCUGCUGCUCUUCUCCUCUCCUUUUCCAUCCAGGUAUGCAUGUGAGCAGGCAGUCCCGGUGUGCCCUUCCCUCUGGCACUGCUGACUUACUCAGAUGCUCCCCCUCUCUCCAGGAAAGGCAGGAAAGAGCAUCCAGAGAACCACAGUCCAUCUCACCCUGAUCUCUGGUAAGCAGACAGAGGAAAUCAUCUUGUAAAUAAUAAUUUCAAAACCUACUGAGGACAAGAAGGUGAUUGGUUUUACAAAACCAUGCCUGAUGAUAACCAGGUAGCCACAUCUGAGUAGGCAACAUGCUGGUGGAUGUGAGAUGAGAGCAGUGGCUGUGCUUGUUCUGAACUUCGGUGUUGUAAGCCUUCCUGUCUCCCGUGAUGUCCUCGUAAACAGAAUGGUGAAGUGUGGGCUAGAAAAAUGGGCCACAAGGUGGACUGAAAACUGCCUGGACUGCCGAGCUCCAAGCGCUGUGGUUAGCAGCAUGGAGACCAGCUGGAGGCCAGUCCACAGGGAAGUCCCUUGGAGGUCAAAGCUGGGCCAAGUUAUGAAGAUACCAAACCAUAACAGCCUGGCUGCUGGGACAGAGUGCACCCUCAGCAGGUCUGCAGAUGGCACAAAACCAAGAGGAGCAGCAGGAGGGUUGUGCCAUCAUUCAGAGGUAUCCGGACAGGCUGGAGGAAUGGGCCAGCAGGAACUUCAUGGGGCUCAACAUGGGGAAGUGCCAGGUCCUGCACUUGGGGAGGAACAACCCCAGACACCAGUAUUGGCUGGGGACCAACCACUUGUAAAGCAGCUUGUAAGGCAUCACAGCUGGCAAGUGGUCAGUGAUCUACUAGCUCUAUUGCACACUGAUUAUCCACACCAGCUAAAUAGCCUAUUAGCGAGCCCUUUGGGGCUUACAGCCCUCUCUCCCUCCUCCAAUUCAGUCAAUGCAUGGCCUGCCAAGAGUGGCUCUUUGCCACUCGUGUGACCCUUCAAGGCUGUGGUGAAACCCCAUGAAGCUCUCGCUGCUCUGGCUGUGCUCAGACAGGACUGAGGCUGGAGCCCUGCCACCAGCUCCUGCUCCACCCCGCCCCAGGCACCAAACCCACCCAAGGGGUCCUUUGGGUGCAGACACCUCCAUCUGAGGAGGGCCAGGGAGACUUUCUCCACCCUAGGGAGCAGCUAUGCCACACACUGAGCUGCUCAGUGAGUCCACCUCCCUUCCCAGGGCUGCAGAAGCGUGCCUCACUUCAGCACUUAGCUGCAGGGCCCUGCACAACCAGCUGCACAAGCAAGCUAGCUAUAGAUAUCGUGUCUUCCUGGCCUUGCCUAGCUAAGGUUUGACCACAGCAUUUCAGCUCUCCACUCACCCAGUAUCCCCGCUAGCCAGUGAGCACUGCAUUUUAGGCAGCGCAGAAUGAGGAGGCGCAGAGACCAUACUGGAAAGCAUUGCAGACCUUUGGUCAGCAGAUUGUCUGAUGUUCAGGACCAAGCUGACACAAGAUCCUCUCCCACGCAGCAGGAGGAGGUGCUAUAGAAGCCUUCAAGUACUUGUGAGCCCUUGGUGCAGGCACCUGCCCCUGUGCAGCCCGUGCCUGACCUCCCACCCCGCUCCUCCAGGCGGGGAUGUGCACACCCUGCAUGCCCUGCUGCCAGCGGGACCUGCUGCUGAUUUUGUGGCAUUAAACCCACAGUUCUCAGAACAUCACAUGCCAUCCACACAUCAGGACAAUGAAUGAGUCCAACAGCUGCAGUGUAACAGAUGUAGAAGUGAAUCGCCACGUCCGUCUCACUGAGUUUGCUCUGUAUAUCCUCAUUUUCUCUUUUGGAGCAAUAUUUAAUGCCCUUGCCCUGUGGGUGUUCUUCUGCAAAAUAAAGAAGUGGACAGAAACCAGGGUGUACGCAAUCAAUUUAGUUUUUGCUGACUGCUUUGUCAUCUGCAUCUUGCCUUUCAUGGCUUAUUUGAUCUGGAAUAAGUCAGUCCGAGAUGAACUCUGCCAGUUUAUAGAGGCAAUGUAUUUUAUCAACAUGGUAGUGAGCAUCUACAUUGUUUCAUUUAUCUCCAUUGAUCGAUAUAUUGCCAUAAAGUACCCCCUGAAAGCUAGGACCUGCAGGUCUCCAUCAAAAGCUGCCCUUCUCUGUGGGCUUCUGUGGAUCUCUGUUAUAAUCGGUGCAACCUUAAGAUUUCAAAAGAGACAUGCUGCUUUCUGUUUUCAGAAGGAUGCCACCAUACCCACUGCUCAGACCCUGCUUUCCAUUUUCUUCAUUUUCACUCUUCCAUUAGCAACCUUGACCUUUUGUUCCAUAGAAAUCAUCAGGAACCUUAAGAGACAGCUGAAGACAAAUUCACUGGAAGACAAAUUAAUCCAGAAAGCUCUUUACAUUAUUUAUGCAAAUCUGAUUGUGUUUCUAAUAUGUUUUCUGCCAGCCUACCUUGGGAUACUUUUCAGGUUCAUAAUGGAGUAUGUUGGACCUAGCUGUUUCCUGAUCCAGGUCAUGAUGGACUUCUUUGCCCUGACGAGGUGCAUUGCCACGUCCAACUGCUGCCUGGAUAGCGUCUGCUACUACUUCGUGACCAAGGAAUUCCAAGAAGCCAUUCUGCAGCCCAAAUCCAGCACUGACAAAACAAAUCAAACCCAAUCCUUGCAGAUAAACACUUGCUAAAGGAAAGGAAGAAGAAUACAAACCAAAUGACCACCACCACCACCAAAAAAAUGCAAUGCCAAGAGAAGGUACAGCUUCAGUGUUACUGGGAUAACCAUCGCCCUUUCAUUCCAGGGACAGCUUUGUUAAGUCUAUCAUUACCAAGUUCAUUGUAAUUUUUAUUCUACGUGCCUAUUAAACAAAUAAGUUGUU